AUGAAUGGUCAAAUAAAGACGUGUCGCGUAGAACUACCUGAAUUAGUAGAAAUCCCAAAGCCACCGAAAAAGGGGUUUCGUAAGCUUCCCACUAUGCCAACUCGAGAAGAACUCCUCUCCGAAAGACCCGAAAAUAUUCCAGUCAACAAAAUCGAUGAACCUUAUGAAUCAAUUGAGGAAUAUCUCGAAACCCAUUAUCGCUUGUUACGCGAAGAUUUCAUAUGUUCACUUCGAGAAGGCAUCAAACUUCAUCGCGAGCCCAAAAAAGAUGAUGAUGCUCGGACUGAUCUAAGAGUAUACGAAAAUGUCAACUUGGUCGGGGUUACAUUCGCUAGCAUGGGCGUUGUACAUCGCAUUUCUUUUAGAACACAAAACCAUGAGCGUGUCAAAUGGUCCAUGAGCAAGCGAUUAAUUCCGGGAACUUUGAUUGUUUUAACAAACGAUAACUUUUCCACAAUGAAGCUUGCGACCGUCAUUAAUAGACCAGACUCGCUACUAGAAAAAUCUCAUAAUUUGCAAAUAGACAUUUUGUUUAGGCCUGAAGAUGUCGUAUUUGAGCUUCCCGGAAAUUAUAUAAUGGUGGAGUCCAUAUCAUCAUAUUUCGAAGCAUACCGACACAUCUUAAAAGUACUUCAGGAAUUGGAUCCUGAAACCCUUCCUUUCAAAUCACAUAUCAUCGAACUUGAUCCGAAUAUCGAAAUUCCAAAAUAUUUGAAGAAUCGUAUCCCACAAUAUGAUUUCGGUGAAUCAAAAGCUUUUCGAGAUAUUAAAAAACUUAUAGGAACAACGAUGAUUGAUAUAUCGAAAGAUUGGGAUGAAUGGCCUGACUUGGAAGAUUGUGAACCUGGAAUGCACUCUUCUCAAUAUGAAGCGCUAAAAAGAAUUUUAACCAAGCAAUUAUCAUUGGUUCAAGGACCACCAGGAACAGGGAAAACGUAUGCUGGUUUAACAGCAGUGGAGAUAUUACUGCGAAAUUCACGUGAUACUUUAGUCAUCGCUUGUCAAACAAAUCAUGCUCUUGAUCAGUUCUUGGAAGGAAUCCUAGAGUUUGAAGAAGACAUUGUACGUCUGGGUUCACGAACAAAGUCAUCCCUUAUUGCUCAGUACACACUUUAUGAAAAAUCAAAAAAAGACAAGAUUCGUAAUCCUCAGGUCAGUAGGCUUUAUGGUGAGAGACAUAAAAUCGAAAGCGCUAUGGAGAAGUUAUGCAAAGAAAUUUUCAACCCUUUUGUCGAUAUAGAUUUUAUUAUAAAAAAUCAAAUUUUGACUGAAUCACAAAUUGAAAGUCUUAAACAAGAUGAUUGGGUCAUUGGUGGUUCAUCGAACAAAGAUGGUGAAGAAGAAAAGAACCACAUAGAAUAUUGGGUAGAUUCAGCCGUAGUGACAUAUUCUUCGACUCACGAUGAAAUUGAAUUUCAAGUCUCUCAAUCAAUUUCCGGCAUUGAAGGAGGGAUGAUAACAAAAGGGAAUUACGCUGAUUUAAAAGGAGAUGUUUAUGUCAGUUCGGCUACAUAUGUUACCAAGGACGAAUUAUCUGAAUGGGAAUCUGUCGAAGAUCUAUGGUCUAUUCCGCCGCAUGUACGAGCUGCUUUACAUAACAAAUGGCGAAGACAGAGAUUGGAUGAAAUAAAGAAAGAACUUAAGUCCCUUAACGAAGAAUAUUCAGAGCUCUCGCAAAAAAUAAAAACUGAAAAGAUUCGUGUGGAUGUAGCAAUUUUGAAAUCUGCAAGAGUAGUUGGAAUGACAACUACAGCUGCUGCAAAAUAUCAUGAAUUAUUGGUGAAUUUAAAACCAAAAAUAAUUAUAAUUGAAGAAGCUGCCGAGACACUGGAAGCUCAUAUUAUUACUGCUUUGACGCCGUAUACUGAACAUUUAAUCCUUAUAGGUGAUCAUAAACAACUUCGCCCAAAUACCUCCAUUCAUGAUCUCGCCGAAUAUAGUAACCUAGAUGUCUCACUCUUUGAAAGAUUAGUUAAAUUCCUUCCUUUCACGCAACUUACUGAGCAAAGACGAAUGCGUCCGGAAAUACGUGAACUUUUAACACCAAUCUAUGGGGAUACUCUCACAGAUCAUGAAAAUGUCACUAAAUAUCCAAAUGUACCAGGAUUUUUCGAAAAUCUCUAUUUCUUUGACCACAUAGAAGAAGAAACCACACUUACGGAAUCAAUGAGCAAAAUAAAUAAGUUUGAAGCUGAUAUGUGCGCUAAAUUUGCAGUAUUUCUUGUGAAUGGUAACUACGACCCUGAGAGAAUCACCAUCCUAAGCAUGUAUUCAGGUCAACGAAAGUUGAUCGAAACUAAUCUCCGAAAUGAAAGCAGAAAGUUGGAAGAAAUUAAAUCCGUACGAGUCAGUUCUGUCGAUGGUUUCCAAGGGGAAGAGAACGACAUAAUUAUACUUUCAUUAGUGAGAAGUCGAGAGCCGCGCAGAGGAAUUGGAUUUUUGAAUGUUUCAAACAGAGUCUGCGUUGCGUUAUCACGUGCUAGACAUGGGAUGUACAUAUUUGGCAAUGCUACCCAAUUGCAAUUUCAAUCCGAACUAUGGAAAAAUAUUUUAAAAAUAUUUUCGAAAUCAAAAUGUCUUGAACAAUUUAUUGACAUAUAUUGUACAAAACACUCUGAUAUCAAAAAGGGCUUUGAAGGUAUGGUCACGACGAGUGUAACAUGGGCUGGCGAGAUUCCUUCUUCCGGAGGAUGUAAUCGGAAGUGUGGAGAAAUUAUGAAGUGUGGUCAUGUAUGUUAUCAACACUUUUUCUUCUCACCAUCUGUGCCAAAGAGUAAUCCCAAUUAUGUAAAUCUUCAUGUUAGCCAUGCCCGCUGGAAUGCCAUUUUAGUCCUCAUGAGAAAGUUACUUGUUGGGUAA